GCGAGCUCCAAUAUCUCAGUUAGCCGCAAUGUUUCGCAGCCGUAGUUGGUUCGGUGGCGGUUGGAACCGUCCCAAGAACCGUCUGUCGCUCGAUCAUCUAAAAUAUCUGUACAGCGUGCUGGAACGUAAUACGACCGUCUCGGAGAGCAAUCGUGGUCUGCUGGUGGAAUCGUUGCGUUCGAUUGCGGAAAUUCUCAUCUGGGGCGAUCAGAAUGAUUCGUCCGUGUUCGAUUUCUUCCUGGAGAAGAACAUGCUCUCGUACUUCCUGCAUAUCAUGCGCCAGAAGAGUGGAGGUUCCAGCUUCGUUUGCGUGCAGCUCCUGCAAACGCUAAACAUUCUGUUCGAAAACAUACGAAACGAAACUUCUCUCUAUUAUUUACUCAGCAAUAAUUUGGUCAAUUCGAUCAUCGUCCACAAGUUUGACUUCUCCGACGAGGACGUGAUGGGUUACUAUAUUCUGUUCCUGAAAACACUCAGCCUCAAGCUGAACACGCACACGAUACACUUCUUCUACAACGAGCACACGAACGAUUUUCCGCUUUACACGGAAGGGAUCAAAUUCUUCAACCACCCCGAGUCGAUGGUCCGUAUCGCAGUGCGUACGAUCACACUGAACGUCUACCGGGUGCAGAAUCCGAACAUGCUGCAGUUUAUACGGGACAAGACGGCCGCCCCGUACUUCAGCAAUCUCGUUUGGUUCAUUGGCAAGCACAUCCUCGAGCUCGAUGCGUGCGUUCGAAAUGACAUUGACCACCAAUCGCAGCACCGACUGGCGAAUCUCGUGGCGGAACACUUGGAUCAUCUUCACUACCUGAACGACAUUCUCUGUCUCGAUAUACCCGACCUGAAUGCGGUGCUGACCGAGCAUCUGCUGCACAAGCUGUUCGUGCCGUUGUACAUAUUCUCGCUCACACCAUCGCCACCGAUUUCGAUGGCCGUCGUGACCCGUAAUCUGGCGGCUGUCCUCAACAAGGUGGUCGAUAUUGACAUCAAGGAGAUGAACAAUCCGCGUGUUGCCAGCGUCGUGGCACUGUUUCUGCUGUCGCUCGUCUUUCUGGUGAUCACGCACCGCCCGCUGAUUAAUGCCCUCACGUGGGUCAUCCUGAAUGCCGAUCACACCGUGUUCAAGGAGGGAGCCGCACAGGUGUUGAACGCCUACAUCGAUAACCGAGAGGUGGUGGCACUCGGGUUCGGUCAACCGGUUGAAAGUUUGGAGGAAGCGCUAGAAAGUACGGUGGCGACGGGUUCGGGUUACGGAGCUGAUCAUGCGGGUGACGAAACGAGUCCGAAGAGUCCAAAAAGUAGCAGCAGCAGUAGCGGCAACAGUGAUUCCCCUAGUCCACCGACCCUUUCCGAGGAGAUCGAGAAGGUCAACAUAACCGAUGAGGAGAAGGAAAAGUUACUGCUCAAUGCGUACCGCACACCGGAGACGAACCGUCCCUUCCUCGACAUGGUUCUAUCGUCGUUGGAGUGCGUCGAAAAUGACUAUCACGCACUGCUGGCACUGUGUUUGCUGUACGCGUUGGCCAACAAUAAAGGUGUCAACGCCGAAUGGCUGGAGAUCGUGUUGAACCGUUCGUCGCCCAUCAACCGCACGCAGUACAAUGUGAUACUGAUCGAGAAGUUGUUGCAGAUCGUCAACAUUUCCAGUCAACCAUCCUGUCGAAUACGUUUGGUAACAACGGAACUAGGGUUGAAGCUUCUCGCGCAGAUUGUCGGGGCUGGCGAGGAUUCAAGCGCCGUCCCGGAGGAAUACCGAGUGGCACUGAAUCAGGCGCGCAAUCAAGCGAUGAAUGUGUUGAAAAAUUUCUACAAAUCCGAAGACAUAUUUCUGGACCUAUUCGAGGAUGAGUACAACGAGAUGCUAAAAUCGACGUUGAAUGUGGAAUUUCUUUGCAACGAUUCCGCCAUCCUGCUGCCACCGACCGGCACACCCCUGACGGGGAUCAGUUUCACGCGUCGGCUACCGUGUGGUGAGGUGGAAAAGGCUCGCCGUGCCAUUCGUGUGUUCUUUCUGCUGCGACGCAUGUGUCAGACGAUUACCGGCGAGCGGGAAACACUUCUUCCUCUAACCAAUUCGGCUCAGUGUGUUCAGUUAGAUAAUGCGCUCGAUCUGAAUAAUAGCGAUCUGAUCGCUUGCACCGUGGUGAUGCGUGACGGAACCAAGUACCGUCGGUUUCUGGUGAUGGAUAUCCUGCAGCUGAUACUGGUCGAGCCGGACAGUAAACGGUUAGGUUGGGGUGUGGCCAAGUUCGUUGGCUUCUUGCAGGACGUUGAGGUGAACGGUGACAAGGAGGAUUCUCGAAGUCUGCACCUGACCAUCCACCGGGGAGGGGCCACCAACAACCGGACACCCAUUCUGUCGGCCAAGUUCCUGUUCGAUGAUCACAUCCGGUGUAUGGCAGCGAAGCAACGGCUUACGAAGGGGCGUAGCAAAGCGCGCCAGAAGAAAAUGUUUCAAAUUGCCCAGCUGCUCGAAAUUCCUGGCCAGCUGAGUGAGUCGACGUUUCCCUCGCUCACGGGUGGGGCGACCGGUGGACCAGGAUCCCGUCACGGUGGCAGUGCACGACGUCAAGCAGGCGAGCACAGGCCACUAUUCUCCACCAGCAACCGUGUGCCAGGUGUUGCAGCCGCUUUGCGCCGAGACAGUAUGCCCUCCGGAAGCGUCGUUAGUCGCGUACAGAUCAGUGCGAGUCGCUCAACCGAAUGACCGCGAUCGGAAGAGAUUCCACUGGAAGAUUUUCGUCGCUCGCAAAACUCCAGUCCUGUGUCACGCGGUUCCUCUAAUAAUCCUUCGCGUGCGCAUACCCCGCUACGCCUCACGAUGGAACCGCUGAGUCUGGCCACCGUUACAGGUAGUGGUGGAGGUGGUGGUCUUGGCAUUACGAACGCAAAUGGCAGUGGAAAUGGUAACAUCCUCACCGUAACCCUUAAGGAUCAGCCCAUUCCCAUCACUUUUCCGGUGGCUAGUGCUGCUGUUGGUGUUAGUGGAGCAGCAGCCCCAGCAACAGGGUCCACCGCCCUUCCACCCUCGACUGCGGCUCCGUCGGAGGAACUAAGCCCGACAUCGGAAGAAACGUCGUUUAUUGCGAACGAGGAGCGGCAAAAGAAGCGUGGUGUAAUCGAAACUGUGUAAACCGGCGAAGCUUACACAAAGAUGGUUUCUUCUUCUUUUGUAUUGAUUUGCGUUGUUAU